UCUAGGAACUCACACAGCAACUGCACCAAUCAUAAAAAAGCGGGACCAGGUUGGGUUCCAUGGCAACCGUCGUGCCAUCCUCCAUGUGACGUAGUGAUGCUCAAUUUCAGCGGUGUCCCCAGCUUAGUGCAGUUGUCCCACAACCUGCUGUAAAAUAAGGCAGCCAGUAUAAUAGCCAGUGUUCGGGUGGGGGAGGUGUGUGCGGCCCUGCGUGUGAGCUGCUCACCUCCCGCUCCCCACGAUGGCGCUGAUCCCUUGCCAGAUUCUGCGGGCCGCCAUCCUGCUCUCCUACCUGUCACUUCUGUGCCACUACAAGGCCCUAGAGAUACCUGCGCACCACACCUAUGGGGGAAGCUGGAAAUUCCUCACAUUCAUUAACCUGGUUUUCCAAGCUGUCUUCUUUGGGAUCUGUGUCCUUUCUGACAUCUCCAGCCUGUUAACAAAAGGAAGUGAUAAUCUGGAACAAGAGAGGCAGUUAAAAAAAUUAAUUUCCCUCAGAGACUGGAUGAUGGCUGUGUUGGCCUUCCCUGUCGGAAGUUUUGUCGUGACGAUGUUCUGGGGGCUUUACCUAUAUGACAGAGAGCUAGUUUAUCCAAAACUGCUUGAUAAUUUCAUACCGCCCUGGCUUAAUCAUGGCAUGCACACAACAGUUUUACCAUUUGUACUGAUAGAGAUGAGGACGACACAUCAUGAAUAUCCAAGCCGGGCAAUCGGAAUGGCAACAGUUUGCAUUUUCUCUCUGGGCUAUAUUUUAUGGGUGUGCUGGGUUCACCAUGUGACAGGGGUAUGGGUGUACCCUGUUUUGGAAUACAUCAGUCCUGGAUCCAAAAUAAUCUUCUUUCUUGUAGUUACCAUUAUCAUUAACAUGUUUUAUAUUUUGGGAGAAAAACUCAACAGCUACAUUUGGGACACAGAGAAAUGCCUUGAAACCAGAGAAAAACGACUCAAGAUUGAUUAAAUUAUAUACUCGACUAUGGAUGCAGUCAUGCAACAUGUUCUACUGCAGCCCUCAGUAUUCACCAAUGUUGUUAUAUGAGGCUUGGUAUUUCUAUAAAUCAGGAUAAAGUUUUGUUUUUUCUCAAAGCUGAACUGAGUGAUAUGAACUGAUGCCACAUAAAUGCAUUUUUUUUAUAACUUCAUCAUAUCUUUAUAUAGAAUUUAUUUGGCAUUAAAAACUUCAAAUAAGGUAACAAAUCACUGAAAAUGUUUAGUAUAAAAUAAAUGUUCUCCCUAUUUGCAUGUGAAUGUUAGAUAACAUCCCAGUUUAUUAAAGGGACAGUCUACACAAAAAUUCUUAUUGUUUAAAAAAAUAUAUAAUGCCUUUACUACCCAUUCCCCAGCUUUGCACAACCAACAUUGUGAUAUUAAUAUACUGUACUUUAUAACAUUUAAACUUCUAAAUGUCUGCCUGUUUCAAAGACUCUAUUGACAGCCUCUUAAUCACAUGCUUUUGUAUUUGCUUUUCUCAACAGGAGACUGAUAGUUCAUGUGGGCCAUAUAGAUAACAAUGUGUUCACACCCGGGAAGUUAUUUAAGAGUUAGCACAACACAGUACUAAAUGCAACACAUAUUUUAAAUAGUCACAGUCAUGUGAUCAGGAGGCUGUCAGAAGAUGCUUAGAUACAAGGUAAUCACAGAGGUAAAAAGUGUAUUAAUAUAACUGCUGGUUGUGCAAAACGGGGGAAUGGGUAAUAAAGGGAAUAUCUAUUUUUUAAAACAAUAAAAAUUCUAUUGUAGACUGUCCCUUUAAGUAAGUAAUUAGAGACCUUGUAUGAACAAUAAAAUUUGUGUAGGAGCAUAUUUCAGUUAUUUAAAUUGCAAUAUAAUAAAAACAACAUUUUCAUCCAAAGAACUAAAGACAUAUUGGGCUAGCUCACAAGUGGCGUGCUAUUUAGCACUCCCGCUCGAGCAUUAAUCUUUUUGCAUGCAUUGGACUGCAUUCAUAUCACAAGUUGAAAGAUUAAAGUUUCUGCAUGAGCAAAACCCGACAAGAGCUAACUUCCAGACUUUGCGAUAUUGCAACCUAGUUAACGUAUUCUCCCCAUAAAAGUCGAUGGAGAGCGCAGAAGAAAAAACCUAACACCUAUCACUCACACACUAACCCGACAGGAGUUAUGAAUAUUUCACAUUCCAAUGCAAUUCACUUACAGGAAUAUGUUAUUUUCAUUGUAAAUAUAUAUAUAUACAGUAACUAUAUACAGGUACAUAUUCCCAAAUCUGGAAUUCCAAAAUCCAAAUUUAUUCUGUAAUCCAAUCUUUUUAAUAAUUUUUUUUUUUUUAAAAACAUCUUUUUCUUGAAAGGACUCAGGUUUACAGUCAUUGUAAUCUUUGUAGUACAUUGCAACAGACAUACUACUAGGCAAGAAAAAAUUGACAAAUAUAUAAAAAUAUAUAUUAAGAACAUAUGACUUGUGAAAGUCGAACAUGAAAUAUGAUUCAGCCCUUCCAGUUUAAAUAAUAUUUUUAUUUAAAAGAUAAAAAUACAGUUUUGAAUGCUACUAUGUAUACAAAAGUAUUACAAAUUAUAUAAAACUACCAUUAUAUCACAUGUAAAAGCUGUAUUAUGAUAUUGACUAAAUGUCACAAGAUAUAAUUUUUUACUCUUGGUUGAUACCCUCUCCAAACUUUUCCAUUUUAAAGAUACAAAUAUUCCAAAAUCCAAAAUAUUCCGCAAUCCAAACUAUCCCACAAUCCAAACCUUUUCCGGACCCAAGUAGAGAUGUGCAUGGAAGGAAACUUUGUUUCGUAUUAAAUUUUUGUUACAAAUAUUCAGGGAAAUUCGUUUCCCCAAAUAAUUAUCUGCUGCUAUUCGGUAUUCCUUUUUCUUCAAAAUGAGACUAAAAUCGAAUCGUUAAACAUUUACAUUAGUUUUCAUUAAAAUAAAUGUAUUUGUUUCAACGCUACAGUGAAAACUUAAUCUGUAGCUACAAUACUUACCUUAAUGUGCUCUCCAUAUUUUUGUUGGUGCAUUCUUUUGGAUUUUCUUUUCGGUAAAACAAAACGAAAAUUAGUUUUUUGUGACGAAAACAAAUGUGUAUCUCUAGUCCCAAGCAGUUUGGUUAAAGGAUUUUCUACCUGUAUGUUUGUCUAUACAUACCUGUAUACCUAUACCUGUAUAUAUAUAUAUAUAUAUAUAUAUAUAUAUACAUAUUUAGACAUGUGUAUGUAUGUAUAUAUACAAUACAGCCCUUGGCAGUCAAACACCUUGCUCUCGCAAUUGUGGUUCAACUUGUAAUAUGAGCGCUAUUUCUGACGCGCACAAAAAAAAGAAGAAAAAUUGAUAUCACUCGCACACAAAAGUUAGCGCACAACUUGUAAUCUAGCCCAUUUUGUAGUUUUAUGAUACCUCUUGAAAUAUGGUUCUCAUAAUAAAAAUGCAGCUUUAAUAUGGAAUUAUUCAGCCCACAAUAAUGUUCUCUUUUUUAUAUUUAUAUUUUAUUUACAAGCAAAAAAUAAGUGUUAACAUUUUCACUGCUCUAAACAUCAAUGUAAUGUUCUUUGGUUGCUACACAAUAUUCCUUAUAGUUACUAUAAUCCAUCUGCAUUUCCUAAUAAACCCACAUGUGUAAUCUA